AUGGAGAGCGCGGCCCAGGGCGCAGACGGCGGCGGGGGCAGCCAGGGCAGCAGCCGCAGCAGCAGCCGCGCCACGUCGGCGGGCUCCUCGCCCUCCUGCUCGCUGGCGGCCCGGGGAGUGUCGGGCCGCUCGGUGGCGGCCGUGCUGGGCGGCGGGGGCAGCCGCAGCAGCCCGGGCUCGGUGGCCGCCAGCCCGUCGGGAGGCGGUGGGCGGCGGAGGGAGCCGGCGCUCGAGGGCGUGCUCAGCAAAUACACCAACCUCCUCCAGGGCUGGCAGAACAGGUACUUUGUGCUGGAUUUUGAGACUGGCAUGCUGCAGUAUUUUGUGAAUGAGCAGAGCAAACACCAGAAGCCACGAGGAGUGCUGUCUUUGUCUGGAGCCAUUGUGUCUCUGAGCGACGAAGCUCCCCACAUGCUGGUUGUGUACGCUGCCAGUGGAGAGAUGUAUAAGCUGAGAGCUGCUGAUGCAAAAGAGAAACAGUUUUGGGUGACUCAGCUUCGAGCUUGUGCCAAAUUCCACAUGGAAAUGAAUUCGAAGAGUACUCCAAGCUCCCGGAGCCGAAGUCUCACUUUGCUCCCCCAUGGAACACCCAAUUCUGCGUCUCCCUGUAGCCAGAGACACCUCAGUGCGGGGGCCCCCGGUGUUGUCACAAUCACGCAUCACAAGUCGCCUGCAGCUGCUCGAAGAGCCAAGAGUCAGUAUUCCGGCCAGCUUCACGAAGUCAGAGAGAUGAUGAACCAGGUGGAAGGGCAGCAGAAGAACCUUGUGCGUGCCAUCGAGUCCCUGCCAGGCUCCGGCCCCCUCACUGCCUUGGAUCAGGACCUGCUGCUCCUGAAAGCUACCUCCGCUGCCACCCUUAGCUGCCUUGGGGAAUGCCUCAGCCUGUUGCAGCAGAGUGUGCGCCAGGCAGGUCCACCCAACCACAAGCCUGGUGCCUCAGAAAACAUCCUGGGAUGGCACGGGCCCAAGUCACACUCUGCAGAACAGCUGAAAAAUGGGACUCUUGGUUCUUUGCCAUCAGCCAGUGCCAACAUAACCUGGGCACUUUUACCAAACUCUGCCGAAGAGGAGUCCACCUCCCAGCCAGAGCCAGAGCCAGAGCCAAACUCAGACCGUGAAUUGGUUUUGUCGGAAGAUGAAAAAAGUGACAAUGAAGACACGGAAGAGACAGAAUUGGGCGUCAUGGAGGAUCAGCGCAGUGUAAUUCUUCAUCUCAUUUCACAACUCAAACUUGGGAUGGAUCUGACCAAGGUGGUGCUCCCCACAUUCAUUCUGGAGAAGCGGUCUCUGCUGGAGAUGUAUGCUGACUUUAUGGCACACCCUGACCUGCUGCUGGCUGUGGCUGCUGGCGCCACACCAGAAGAGAGGGCCAUUGGCUUCGUCGAGUAUUAUCUCACAGCCUUCCAUGAGGGCCGCAAGGGGGCCUUGGCCAAGAAGCCCUACAACCCCAUCAUUGGUGAGACGUUUCAUUGCUCCUGGGAAGUUCCCAAGGACAAGGUCAAACCCAAGAGGACUGCUCCCCCCACCCCCACAGACUGCCAAGAACACCCGGUAGCCGAUGACCCUUCCAAAAGCUACAAACUCAGGUUUGUAGCUGAACAAGUUUCCCAUCACCCGCCCAUCUCCUGCUUCUACUGUGAGUGCAAGGAGAAGAGACUAUGCAUCAACACUCACGUAUGGACCAAAAGCAAGUUCAUGGGCAUGUCCGUGGGGGUCUCUAUGAUCGGGGAAGGUGUGCUGAGUCUUCUGGAAUAUGGAGAAGAGUAUGUUUUCACCCUGCCCAGUGCCUACGCCCGAUCCAUCCUCACCAUCCCAUGGGUGGAGCUUGGAGGGAAGGUCAGCAUCAGCUGUGCCAAGACGGGCUACUCUGCCACGGUGACUUUCCACACAAAGCCCUUCUACGGGGGGAAGGUCCACAGGGUCACGGCAGAGGUGAAGCACUGCCCCACCAACACCAUUGUCUGUAAGGCCCACGGGGAAUGGAAUGGCACCUUGGAGUUCACCUACAGCAAUGGGGAGACCAAAGUUAUCGACACAACAGCCCUUCCUGUGUACCCAAAGAAGAUAAGGCCCCUCCAGAAACAGGGACCCAUGGAGUCCAGGAACCUCUGGCAGGAGGUGACCCGAAACCUACGAUUAGGGGACAUUGAGGCUGCCACCGAGCAGAAGCGGCGCCUGGAGGAGAAGCAGCGCGUGGAGGAGCGGAAGCGGGAGAGCCUGCGGGUGCCCUGGCAGCCCAGAUACUUCACCCAGGAGGGUGAUGGCUGGGUUUACUUCAACCCUCUCUGGAAGGCACACUGAUGAAGUGGCAGUGCACGGCUCUCCUACACAACCCUGUUUUUGUAGAAAUUAAAGUGGUACAGUCCUGCGGUUCUGUUGGCAUUCACUGUGACCUCUUGUUAGCGUUGGGAGAAAUGGUAACAGCAAAAUUGUAUACUGUGAAAAACACACCUGCAGACUCUGCUAGAGGAUUAACUGUACACGAGAGCCAUUUGGGAUGUGUCCACAGUGUUCACACACAACACAGUGGACACACAUCUGUGUUGUUAUACACAUGAAUACUGCACUCACCAAGAUUUAAUGGGUAACCCAUGAGCUCCUUUUUUUUAAUCAAUGAGGGUUGAAAUUUUUUCUAUUUUUCACUUUGCCAAACAAAAAACAACUAAAAAAAAAACCCCAUUUUGCACUUACAAAGAUGUUCUCACUUAGUCAAUUCCUGUCACAAUGAAGGUUGAAUGAGCAGUGAGCAUGGCCCAACUUAUUUCCCUCUAGACAAAAUGGCUCAUUCCUGGUAAAGGUUGGUGGCUGUCAUCUCUUUUAACUGUUUUGAUUUUUAGCACCCACCUGCCUCUGUUGUUAGUCCACACCCAGGAAAGAGAAGAGGCUCUUGGUUGUGGAUGGGAUGGAGGAAGCAGUUUAAGACAGCUGUGGGAGCCUCCCAAUUGGAGCACCCCUGGAGAAACCAGUGAGACCCAUUGGGGCAUUUUCUUCCCAUCCUUUGAUAGUCAUGCUCACGCAGCAUGGGUCAUACAUUCUUUUAUUUUUUUUUGUUGGUCGUGGGGCUUGAACUCUGGGCCUGGGCGCUGUCCACUCAG